GAAAAAUCAGCUUUCGUCAGGGGGGAGCUGUCGCCUGUCUGUCGUUUAUUAUGUUGACUGCCGUCGUGUAGUGUAGCCUCCCACCAUCCCCACGCCUCGAAGCUACCGAGACAAGGCGAGCGACACAGUGACACUUGCUUCCCACCCCCGGACAAGGCACCCCACGACGACCUCCCUACUUCUCAUCGCCCCUCGAACGCUGCUUCUGUCGCCAAUAGCUCAGGAUGUCUUCGUUCAGCCCAACCCAGAUCUUCGAGGAGGGCACAACCGAGGAGAAGGGAGAAAAUGCCCGUCUCACCGCCUUCGUAGGGGCCAUUGCCGUCGGCGACCUGGUCAAGAGCACCCUCGGCCCCAAGGGGAUGGACAAGAUCAUGCAGUCUGCGUCAACCGGAGACAUCCUGGUCACGAAUGACGGUGCAACUAUCCUCAAGUCUAUAGCCCUCGACAACGCCGCCGCAAAGGUGCUUGUCAACAUUUCGAAAGUGCAGGAUGACGAGGUCGGAGACGGCACGACAUCGGUCUCCGUCCUGGCCGCCGAGCUGCUGCGCGAGGCCGAGAAGCUGGUCGACAAGAAGAUCCAUCCCCAGACCAUCAUCGAGGGAUACCGGUUAGCAAGUCAAGCUGCCCUCAAGGCCCUUGAGGACUCCGCUGUCGACCACAGCAAGAACCCCGAAGCCUUCCGGCAGGACCUGAUCGCUAUUGCAAAGACAACACUCAGCUCCAAGGUCCUCUCCCAGGACCGGGACCACUUUGCAGAGCUCGCCACCGAGGCCGUGUUGAGAUUGAAGGGUUCCUCUGACCUCAGCAACAUCCAGAUCAUCAAGAAGGCCGGUGGCAAGCUGAGCGACUCUUAUCUGGACGAUGGGUUCAUCCUCGACAAGAAGAUCGGAGUCAACCAGCCCAAGCGCUUGGAAAAGGCAAAGAUCCUGGUCGCCAACACGUCCAUGGACACGGACAAGGUCAAGAUCUUCGGUGCCCGCGUCAAGGUUACAUCUACUAGCAAGCUCGCCGACCUCGAGAAGGCCGAGAAGGAGAAGAUGAAGGCCAAGGUCGACAAGAUCAAGGCGCACGGCAUCAACUGCUUUAUCAACCGCCAGCUCAUCUACAACUGGCCCGAGCAGCUCUUCACCGAUGCUGGUAUCAUGUCCAUCGAGCAUGCCGACUUCGACGGUAUCGAGCGAUUGGCUCUGGUCACAGGCGGCGAGAUCGCAUCCACAUUCGACCACCCUGAACAGGUGAAGCUCGGCCACUGCGAUGUUAUUGAGGAGGUCAUUAUCGGCGAGGACACCCUUAUCAGGUUCUCUGGGGUUGCAGCAGGCCGAGCAUGCACUAUCGUCCUUCGCGGCGCCACACAACAACUCCUCGACGAGUCCGAGAGAAGUUUGCACGACGCCCUCGCCGUUCUUUCCCAGACCGUCAAGGAGCCAAGGACGACCCUAGGUGGUGGUUGCGCAGAGAUGCUUAUGGCCAAGGCUGUUGAGGCCCAGGCAACGCGUGUCGAGGGCAAGAAGCAGACCGCUGUCUCCUCAUUCGCCGUCGCUCUGCGGCAACUACCAACUAUCCUGGCCGACAACGCCGGUCUCGACUCUGGCGACCUGGUCGCACGUUUGCGCAAGGCCAUCUACGACGGCAUGACGACGUAUGGUCUGGAUCUGAUGGUCCCCGGCGGUGGCAUCGCUGACAUGCGCGACCUGGGAGUUAUUGAGAGCUACAAGCUGAAGAAGGCGGUGGUAUCAUCGGCAAGCGAGGCUGCUGAGCUACUACUCCGUGUGGACAACAUCAUCAGAGCGGCGCCCAGGAGACGCGAGAGGCAUUGAUCUGGUAGACGAUGACGGGUGAACCUUGUAGAUGUGGACGUUCUCAACGACUGUACAAUACCCGAUAGAGCCACCGCAGUCAGCCGUGUAAUGCCAAGACAAGAACUGAAUGGUCUUAUGUUGGCGCGUUGCAUCAAUCUUUGGACAGCGCCAAAAUUCCGAGUUGAUGGCCAAAGUAUUAGAACCUACACGAAGCUAUUCCUCGGCCAACACGACGCAACCCCCCCCCCCCUUUUGUUCCCUUUCCGCCCCUGUACCCCCGCACCCCCCAAUCUCGCGACCAUCCACGAUAUUGGAUAUCGCAGUUUGCCUCAAACUGGAAAAAAAAAAAAAAAAACCCAUCUCGCAGCAGUCGUACCUGGUGAACGUUAGCCCGUCACCCGAAGAAAAUUGACGGUUUUGCUCACUACCUCAAUGACCCAGUGCGCUUCAGGAGCUCGUCCACUUUCAAUUGGCCCAUUCAGCACCUGGACGAGCCAUUGCCGCUACAAGGGAGAAUACGGCCAAGGGUUUGUCAGUUCGAGCCUUGCGCCGGCUACACGAAGACCGUGGAGGCGGCAAGGAAGUGGAAAAGGCCGAUAGAGACACAGUAGUACAUGUUGAAAAACGCUUUCAAUUGUUUCGGGACGUGUAGAAGACAAGAGCUGAAUCAAUGAGUUCCCACAAUGUGCAUUU